GCAACAGAAGUGAAGGACUUUUGGAUGUCACCAAGUCUGAGAUAAAAUGGAGAGGAAGUUUGCGCACGUUUUGCCGGGAGAACACAUCUACAAAGGACGUUUGUUUUUCGGAUAUUCGCCGCAAGAGAUUUUAGACGCGGUGAAGAAUUUUAACGUCAGGGAAGAUGACGUUUUUAUUGUGACGUAUCCAAAAGCAGGGACCACUUGGCUACAGGAGAUAGUAUGGCUGGUCGUCAAUGAAGGGAACCUACAGAAAGCCACAGAAACGCAGGUCUACUUCCGGUCGCCAUUCCUGGAGUUUAAAGACCUAGUUUUAAACGAAGUCGGGCUGGACCUAGCGGAAUCUAUGCCCUCCCCGAGGGUCAUAAAAACUCAUCUUCCCUUAGAUCUGGCACCCUCGGGUUUAUUUACCAGCAAAUGUAAGAAGAUCGUGCUGUUCAGGAACCCCAGGGAUCUGUGCGUGUCCUACUUCCACUUCUAUCGGUCCAGCUCCUCCUUUGGAAACUAUCAGGGAGACUGGCCAGAAUUCCUAGAAAUGUUCCUGGACGGACAUGUCGACCAUGGUUCUUGGUUUGAUUUUACCAAAGGCUGGUGGUCCAAGAAAGAUAACCCCGAUGUUCUUAUUCUGUUUUAUGAGAAUAUGAAGAAGGAUCUGAGAUCCGAAAUCAAGAAGAUAGCUCACUUUGUCGGUAGAAGUAGCGUGUCAGAUGAGAUCGUGGACAGUAUAGCCGACCAUUGUUCUUUUGAGAGCAUGCGCAGUAAUCCAAUGACCAAUCACCACGAUGUCUAUUCCAUCGACAAAGAAAUCUCCCCUCUUCUGAGAAAAGGAAUCGUUGGGGACUGGGAGGACCAUUUCACAACGGACCAAUCAGAACGCUUUGACGCAGAGUAUGCCCAGAAAAUGGCGGGAACAGAGAUCCCUUUCCAGUAUCACAUUUAGAAAACUUAUUAUGAAAAGACUGUUCUUUUAGACGACAGCGAUAUUGUAAACUAACUUGUGUUCCAUAUUUAUGUUCAAAUGAAGUAUUGUAAAAACAUGGUACAUAUAUUUACACAUUAAACUCGUAUAAAUAAAAUCCCUGUGUUAAAGACACAGGGAUGUUAUAUAUCAUUGUCAUAACUAUGAAUUUCAUCCUGGUUUUCAAGCGUCAUAUAUAAAAUGUAAAGAAAAGAUAUAAAU